GCAGCUUCUCCUCCCAGCAGCCGGGACUAGAACAGAGGAGCAGUUGGAGCAACCUGUUGGCAGGAAACACGCUACUGACUGAAACCACCACAGAGUUACUACAACUAGCAUCCAUGUAGUCAGCUGUUACACGGACUCCUGGCCAGUUGGGGGGAUGUGGGAUUCCUAUCUGUGACCCAGAGACACAUGCUGACCAACGAUGGGAAAGUUUUACCUGCUGCGCCGCCCAUCGGCUCCGCUGAGAUGACCCCAGGAGAAGUGAAAUGCGGAUGACAGCGUGAGCCAGGGGAAUUCAACGUUUUGGGCCAAGAUAUCCUCCCACUGAGCCAAAAAGAAACCUGUUCUAGUGUACACACAAAAAACCCAUACACACACUCAAAAUCAGCCAUCGCAAUGCCGAUGCCAGGACCACUGUGGGCGUGCCUGGCUCUGAUGUGGCUGGGAAGCUGCAGUGCCCACAGCCUGUUUACCUGCGAGCCCAUCACAGUGCACCGAUGCUUGGGGAUGCCCUACAACAUGACCUUCUUUCCCAACAUGAUGGAGCACUACGACCAAGAUAUCGCAGCCAGUAAUAUGGAGCCGUUCAUGCCCCUGGCAACCCUGCGCUGCUCUCCAGACGUCCACCACUUCCUGUGCCAAGCCUUCAUCCCAGCAUGCACCGAGGAGAACAAGGUGAUCUAUCCAUGCAGAGAGGAGUGCGAGGCUGUUCUGUCCGACUGCGAGGAGAAUAUCCGAAUCUUUGGCAUCACCUGGCCUCCUGAGCUCCAGUGUGACAAAUUAGAAUCAUGCAGCUCUCUUGGUGUUUCGGCACUUCCUGCUACCACCCCACUGAUCUCCUCGUCAGCUAAGAGGGACCUUGGCUUCUGGUGCCCACUGCAGCUGAAGACCAAACCGGGCCACGAGUCGUCUUUCUUAGGCGCCCAGGACUGUGCUCCGCCCUGCUCCAACAUGUACUUCAAACCCCACGACAUUGAAUUUGCCAAGAACUUCAUCGGGGUGUGCUCCAUCGUCUGCCUGGGCGCCACGCUCUUCACCUUCCUCACAUUCCUCAUCGACGUCAAGCGUUUCCGUUACCCAGAGCGCCCCAUAAUCUUCUACGCCGUCUGCUACAGCUUUGUGUCGCUCAUGUACUUCAUCGGUUUCCUGCUGGGGAACAACGCAGCCUGUACCAAAGCGGAUCAUCCUGCCGCUGUGGAUACAGUGGUGCUGGGCUCUCAGAGUAAAGGCUGCACUCUGAUUUUUAUGCUGCUCUACUUCUUCUCCAUUGCCGGUAUCGUCUGGUGGGUCAUACUCACCAUCACCUGGUUCCUGGCAGCCGGACCCAAGUGGAGCUGUGAGGCCAUAGAGAAGAAAGCGGUGUGGUUCCACUCUGCAGCCUGGGGGAUCCCCGGGGCGCUAACCGUCAUGCUGCUGGCUCUGAACAAGGUCGAAGGGGACAACAUCAGCGGCGUUUGCUUCGUUGGUCUCUACGACCUGGACGCCCUGCGCUACUUCGUCCUGGCUCCUCUGUCUGUGGGCGUCGUCAUCGGCCUCUGCCUCAUCCUGGCGGGCAUCGUUUCCCUCAACCACGUCCGGCAGGUCAUCCAGCACGAUGAGCGCAACCAGGAGAAGCUGAAGAAGUUCAUGAUCCGCAUCGGCGUGUUCAGCUGCCUCUACCUGGUCCCGCUGGUCACCCUGUUGGCCUGCUACACCUACGAACAGAGCCACCGCAGCACCUGGGAGAACACCUGGAUCAACGACCGCUGUCAAGAGUACAGCAUCCCCUGCUCCUAUAAGACGACAGAGCACGACCGCCCGGACCUCUCCCUGUUCCUGGUGAAGUACUUAAUGACGCUGGUGGUUGGAAUAUCUGCAGUGUUCUGGGUCAGCAGUAAAAAAACCUGCGCUGAGUGGGCCUACUUCUUCAACAGGACCCGCAAGAGAGAUCCCAUCAGUGAGAGCCGCCGGGUGCUCCAGGAGUCCUGCGAGUUCUUCCUCAAGCACAACAGCCGCGUCCAGCACAAGAAGAAGCACUACAAGCCGAGCUCCCACAAGCUCAAGGUCAUCUCCAAGUCCAUGGGCACGAGCACCGGCGCCUCAGCAGCCGCCUCCACAACCAAUCAAGGAACCUUUGCGCUGGGCAAUCACGAGCCCCAUGCGCACGGUUCUCUGUCUGAGGCCUCAGCCAGGGAGCACUUGGACAGGGGCACCUCCAGCCGAAGCUCCAGGAGGGGAGAGAGAGAGAGGGAGAGGGAAAGGGAGAAGGAUAGGGAAGGGGUAGAGAGACGUAGCAAAGGGAGCUCCUGUAAGAUCAGCAGCCUCUCGGAGAGCAUGCACAAAUUCCCAGAUGGGAGGAUGACUCCGAGGAGCGAGCUGUCGGAGGUCAGACACGUCCCCGCUGGACCGCAGCAUCCGGCUUUAAACCGAUCACGCAGCAGCAUCCAGGACUCCGCCCACCAGCUGGCGCACCAGGUGCCCGGGGAGAGCAAGGGCACAAAGGACAGCACCUGCUGAGACAUCUGACCCCCCCCCCCUUCCCCCCUUCCCAAAGGUAUCUGUGCAUCCAUCCAUCCGCCAUUGAAUCCACUCAGACAGGAGUCCCAUUUGAUGCUGUUUCAUGUGUCUGUUUCAAACCAUAGUGUCAUACAUUAUAGGCUUCAUACAUCAGAUUAUGAUUGUAUUGGUUAAACUGUAGUCAGUGAAUGUUCAUUGCCAGCAGAAUUUAACAUACCUCUAGUAUUUCAUAUGUGGUAUGUUUGGACCGGAAUCUAGGUUUGGAUUAUUUAGUGUCUUUCAGCUUUACUGAGCUUUUGGCCAUUUACUAUAUACAGUACCUGAAUGUUGCAGCAGCACAGCUGUGAUCCACCUAUACAACUACCAAUUUAAAAUAGCGUUAAAAACGUUAAAAAGGUCUGCUGUUGCGUAGAUUUGUAGCUCAAUGGCAUAGAAUGCAUACUAGAAAGCAAAUGCAAUAUUUAUGUACAUAUUCUAUUUUUUUAGUCUUUCAUUUGACUAGUCGAUACACUGAGAGCUGCGUUAAGAAAGGUCAUGAUAUUGCCAAACAUUAAACUUGAGGAAAGUCUUCCUGUGGUAAACAGUUUUUUGAAUGUCUUAUUUUACUUCCUAGAAAGAUGGUUUGUCUCAAAAACCUCAUCUUGUAAAAGUGUGCUACUUUAUUGCUCCUUUUUGAUAAACGGCAUACUCUUAAACUUGAUAUAGUUGAUUUUUAGACAAUGUUGAAUUUGUGAUUUUUCACGUUUUCUCUCAGAAAAGUGUGAUUUCACUCGAUGUUUGUUUUUGUGUUCCUACCUGAUUCUGUUGUACAAACACUUACUGUGCAGAUGUGUCUUUUUAAAGACGCGUCCUGUGAAUUUGGGAUAAAGUAUAGCUUUAUAGUUUUCUACAAGAACGUGCCUUCCUUUGAGUCUUUCCUCAUCUUCAAAGAACUUCAAAGAACCUACAGAUGUUGUGCAUGUGUGGCGUCUACCUGUGUUCUUGGUCUGGGUGUACAUUCAUGUGAUUUUUAAAAGCAAAUUGAGGAAACAAAUCAAACAGGCUUUGCACUAUUUGUCAUUAGAAGCACAAACCACUAAUAAUUAAGUAUGAAUAGUCACAAACAAACAGAAAAAAAAGAGAAUCUGGGGCUUUUGUUCAGGGGUUAUUUAUAACAUAUGGUCGCCGAUCAUAUAUUUCUCCUUCAAGUACUUCCAGAACAACUUCUGUGAUUUAUUGUAUAAUCCGUCAUGCUGUAAACUGUCUCUAUUGCUGUGUAAGGGAUUGAUUCUUCCAUUGAGGCUCUGUACCUUUUUAUAUUUGGGAGUCACAGGACAAUUCCAAUAAUGCCAAUUAAAAGGGAGUUCUUGUCAGUCCAUUUCUGUUGUAGCUGUAUAUUCUUAUUCUGGCGUGUGGCCGGGGGUCGUACCUAGACUUAGUGUAGUCUAUGAAAUGCUCUAUACAACUUCUGUGAGCUGUUUUUACUGUUUUUUUUAAUGUAGCCUAUCUUGUCAGCUGAAUUUUGUAUCAAUCCAAUUUCAUUUUAAUAAAAAUAUAAUUGAAUAAAAAAA